AACUGUGCAUGGACUAUCUGCUUAGAAUUAUAGUCACAAACAUCAGUGCGGUCAGGUGAAGUAAACAGUGAUCCGUUCAGUCAGGACAAAAGACAUCUUCCAUAAUUCAUCCCAAAACACGGUUUUGCAUGAAUACUUCGAUGUCGAAGGAGUAAGUGGACACUAAUCAUGGCACAUUUAAUCAGAAGAGUUUCGCAAUAUCCAACACUUCAAGUUUGGGCAGGAUGUGUUCGUUUCAGAUCUACCGCGGAAGCAGGGUCGGCCAGAUACGAAUUCGCUUCGGCUAAGCCCUUCAUGGACAUCCCUUUUAAGAAAGGAUAUCCAAUAAUAAACAAUAUGCCGGAAUUUUUGCGAAGACCAGGAAAAGCACAUGAAAUCAUCUGGUCCCGGCAUCAACAACUUGGGCCGAUUUUCAGAGAAAAGAAUGGAGUGUUUGAUAGCGUGAUGAUCACAGAUGUGGAGGCUUUAGGCGACUUUCUCCGCCAAGAAGGCAAGUAUCCGAUGCGGACAAAGAUCCAAGUUUGGGAUCAGUACAGGAAGGAUUCAGGGGAGUCUGAUGGCGUGCUUACUGCAGAUGGUCCGGAAUGGCAGCGCAUGCGCAGUGUAGUAGACAAACCACUGAUGAAGAUCAAGACAGUUGAGAGUUACGCUGACGAUUUCAACAUUGUAACCGCCGAGUUCCUGGACAGAUUGGCGCGUAUCAGGGGCCCUGAUGGGGUUGUACAAAACCUGGACGUGGAGCUCUUCAACUGGUCACUGGAAUCUAUAUGUACGCUACUGUACAACAAACGAAUGGGGUGUUUAACCGACACCCGCAGUCCCGACAGUGAACAGUUUGUGAAGGCAGUUCGGUCUAUGCUUGAGACUACAGUCGAGAUAGCUGUUUUCCCCCCCUGGCUGGCAAAGCUUCUCCGACCAUCCAAAUACAGGGAAUUCACUCAAUCCUGGGACACCGUAUUCCGAGUGGCUCGUCAGAGCGUGGACGAAGCUCUGGUUAAACUGAAGUCUAGGACCGUGAGCGAGGGAGAGGAGGAAGAGGCUGGGUUCCUGGAGUACCUGCUUCUGAAAGACACUUUGUCCAAAAACGAAAUAUACGCUAACGUCACGGAAUUGAAUAGUGCUGCUGUCGACACGACGUCAAACACCCUCCAGUUCAUCUUAUAUGAGGUUACCAAGAACCCGGAUGUUCAGAAGAAGCUGAGAGAGGAACUGGAGAGGUCGGUGCCCCCCGGGGAAAUCCCCACCCCCGUACAUCUCAGGACUAUGCCCUACCUGAAGGCAGUUAUCAAAGAAACGCUCAGGUUGUACCCUGUCGGGAGCUUCGUCGGUAGGGUGGCCCAGGAAGAUGUGGUUAUCAUGGGAUACCAGGUGCCAAAAGGGAAAAUGGUAGCGGUGUCGUUAUAUGUCACUGGACGACUUCCGUCAAUGUAUGAUGACCCCUUGACCUUUCGACCUGAACGCUGGCUGAGAGAAAGCAGAAAGGACGGCGAGAAACCUUUGGCAUUCUCACAUCUCCCGUUUGGCUUCGGACCAAGAAUGUGCAUUGGUCGACGAGUCGCGGAACUGGAAAUGCAGCUCCUGAUAUCUCAGAUGUUACAGAGAUUUGAUCUGGAGCCGUGCGACCAGCCUCCUCCGGACCUACUUCAGUUGGUAGUGACCAGACCAAAAGAUCCUGUCAAGGUGAAGCUUGUGGAUAGACAACCUGCUUCAACCUAAUGACGGAGUCACAUACCUCACAGAGAAGCAACACGAAUGCGGGUUAAUUAGAUAAGAAUAUGAUCUUAUUACCGGAAGGUUCAUCAACCAACAAUGUGACCAUGUGCCCAUGUAUCCAUGACCACAGGGGCGUGUCACGCUAAGAAACAGCGGUAGAAAGACAUAUAUGUAUAUAGACCCUACCCUAGUACUAUAUAAAAGGA